AUGAAUUCUUAAAUCGAAAGAAACUCUGAUCCUCCCCGCACUAAUGUGAUUUUGGUUGUUAUAACUAACAAGGCUAAUAAGACUCUGAGUCAUGAUAAGUAUUUUAAAGUGUUUAGCCCUUUCGGUACCAUAUAGAGAAUGCUCAUCUUUGAGAGAUCACUCACAUGGAAAACCUUUGUUGAAUUUGACAACCCAGACUCUGCCCUCAAAGCUAGAUCCCAGAUGAAUGACAAAUUCUUCUGCGAUGACAACACAUUGUUGAUGAAUGUGUAUGCCAGCAAAUUAACUUACAUAACAUUCCAAGAAAACAAUACUGGGGGAGUAGAUUACACUUAGUUACGAAAAAAAGAGUCGUCCCCUCCAAAUGAAGUUACACAAUCUUCUUCAUCCAUUAAAACAAAUCCCAUCUCUCCUUAACAAAACUUCUAAUUUUUGUAAUCCCAAAUGCAAUUCCAACACCAAAUGUCUCGACAAAUCUAGCAAAUCAAUUCCCUUAUGGGACAAUUGCAAUAGGUUUGUGCAGAAGGCUUUGUUGCACCCUUAUAGCAAAACAGCGACCUCCAGAAUCAAAUAGAAAAGCAGUAGUCCAUCUUGAAGGACAUCUACGACUUUUAACUUAAAUUCUCCAACCUCACAGACCAUUACUAAACCUUCUUAUAAGAGUACAACCAACUUGAUGAUUAAAAAUCUACCAGUGUUCAAUCUAGUAGCAAUGGCAAACAGAACAGGAAAAAACUGACACUCCCCAACGACAAAAAGGUCACCAAUGGAGAUUAGAUUGAAUUCAUACAAAGUUAUCAUGAAUCUGAUGUGACCAAGGAUGUUAUGUUCCAUAGUUCCGAUAAGUUGAUCGAUCAGAUGUAGGUUCAGAAGAUGUAUUAGAGUGAGGGAAAGAGUGUUGUCAAAGCAGAGGAACUCAAUUUCAAUGGAUUAGGUCUCAGAGAUUCUGAAGGCGAAGACGACAAUCUCCAAGAAUAUGAAGAAGAACUAUUCUAAAGAGUCAAUGGCAUUGAAAACGAGGAUGAUAAUGAAUUGUUCCAAUUGGUUGAUUAAAAUUAAGAGUCAAAUGAAGAAAAAUAAGAGAUCUUUAACAAAUGGAAUCAGGAGAUUAGAUCUGAGAAAAGUGACAACUUAGUUGCACAUCAAGUUGAAAAACAAACUCAGAAAAAUACUAUUGAAUAAUCAUCAAGAAGUGUGGACAAUAUUGAUUAAUUAAUUAGCAAAGGUAAAAAUUAGAGUUUAAAUCCAUAAAUCACUUCGAAAAGUCAGACUUUGCAAUAAUAAUAAGAAAAAAUUGAAGAAUAUGUGAAUCCUCUCUUUUUUAAAGCUCUUCGCAAAUCGAAAGUCAUCUAUGCAAGAUGGUUCGACAAGAAAGUUGUAACAUCCGCUAUGCUUUACAAUAUAUUUAGUAUCUAUGGCAACAUCGAUAAAAUGAUAUAUCUGAAGGAGAGAUCAAGUUGUCUCAUUCAGUAUGUGUUAUAGGAUCAUGCAGCCAUAGCCAAAGACGCUUUGAAUGAUAUCAUGUUUUAUGGAUAAUAAAUCAAAAUCUUUUUUUCAAAUUAUGAGGAAAUAUCCUUAAAAACAUAACCAUCAAAACCUGGUGAAAUAGCUUCCGAUCUCAAAACUCAAGAAGAAUACUUUUAGGGAGGAGAAGAAACUCACCGUAUCAAACCUGAUUCCACUUAUACUCUUGCUCCACCAUGUGACACAAUCUAAGUUUCUAAUCUUACAAGAAAUUCUUGCCAAAAUCAUAUUAUGUAAUAAUAUAUGCAGGAUUUUGGAUAAAUCAAAGUGUUGAAGUACUAAGAGUUGUUUUUAUUAUAUAGAAUUCUAUCUACUGGUAAUAAGUAUAUGUGUAUCCUGAAAUAUGCCACUAUUGAGGUGGCAUUGACAGUUUUGGCUAAAAUGAAUGGAUUAGAAUUGGACGGAAAACCUAUAUAAAUUAACUUUUCUAAACAAAAAUUAUGA